AUGAAAUACCUCGUCCCCACCCUCGCCCUCGCCGCCACAGCCGCAGCCCACGGCUACGUCUCCAAUGCUACCAUCGGCGGCAAAGACUACACCUUCUACCAGCCCUACCAAGACCCCUACACCACCGGCGUCAAACGCAUCUCGCGCCCCAUCCAGGGCAACGGCCCCGUCGAAGACGUCACACUCUCCGACCUGCAGUGCGGCGGCUACACCGCCGGCGGCAUCAAGGGCUCCUCCCCCGCGGCCCUCCACGCUGAAGCCGCUGCAGGCUCCGAAGUCAAACUUUACUGGACGCUGUGGCCUGAGAGCCAUGUCGGGCCUUCCAUUACGUAUAUGGCACGCUGCCCGGAUACAGGAUGUGAUGCUUAUAUGCCAGAGUCUGAUGCCGUCUGGUUCAAAGUCCAAGAAGAAGGACGCCAAGGUACUUCGAACAAAUGGGCUUCUGAUGCUAUUCGCGUUGCCGGCGGAUACCUUUCGUACACUAUCCCCAAGUGCAUUCCUGCAGGAUACUAUCUUGUGAGGCAUGAGGUGCUGGCGCUGCAUUCCGCGUACAAGUAUCCUGGUGCGCAGUUUUAUCCGGGAUGCCAUCAGCUUAAGGUUACUGGGGGUGGUAGCACGAAGCCCUCGGGUUUGGUAAGCUUUCCGGGAGCGUACAAGGGAACGGAUGCGGGGAUUGCGUACAAUGCCUAUACUGCGCAAACCUAUCCUAUUCCUGGGCCGAAGGUAUUUACCUGCUAG